AUGGAUAUGUUUGUAAGAACAAGAACGGGUUUUCUUGAGCAAGGUCUCCUCGUUCGUGAUCUCGACAAAAUCAAGAAUCUCUACAAGAAAAGUCGACAAUAUAAGGUCGACCUAAUCAGCAUGAUACCUAUAGAUUAUAUGAAUAUGUUAAUUAAACAGGCAUUAUCAAUAUUCUUUCCUGAUUAUCAAUAUCGAGGGCUGCCAUUUCGGUUGAAUCGGUUAUUUCGUACACAGAGGGUCACUGAUUGUGUUGAGAGGACAGAAACGAGAAGUUCAAUGCCAAAUGCGUUCCGCGUGUGCUGUGUCGUGUGGUAUAUCAUCGUUAUUAUCCACUGGAAUGCCUGCUUCUACUUUUUCAUUUCGGAAUAUAUUGGCCUGGGCAAUGAUACCUGGGUAUACGGGCCAUUAAAUAAGCAGAGUUUACCUGAUGGAGUGGAUGAUACCCUCUCAAGAAGAUAUAUCUACAGUUUUUAUUGGUCUACAUUAAUUCUAACUACAAUCGGAGAAGUGCCAGGCCCGGUGAAAGAUGUUGAGUUCUUUUUUGUAACUAUGGAUCUGAUGUGUGGGGUGCUGAUUUUUGCUACAAUUGUCGGAAAUGUCGGAAGUAUGAUCUCCAAUAUGAGCGCCGCUAGAACCGAAUUUCAAAAUAAAAUGGACGGCAUUAAACAAUAUAUGGAAUUAAGGAGGGUCAGCAAACAGCUAGAAAUGCGUGUCAUCAAAUGGUUCGACUAUCUGUGGGCCAAUAAACAAUCGUUGAGUGAUCAACAGGUUUUACAAGUCCUCCCCGACAAGCUCCAAGCCGAAAUUGCCAUGCAAGUCCAUUUCGAAACCCUUCGAAAAGUGCGCAUCUUCCAGGAUUGCGAGGCGGGAUUACUAGCAGAAUUGGUGUUAAAACUACAAUUACAAGUAUUUUCACCCGGGGAUUACAUAUGUAGGAAAGGAGAUAUCGGCAGAGAGAUGUAUAUUGUUAAACGCGGGAAAUUACAGGUGGUAGCCGACGAUGGUUCCAAAAUAUUCGCCACUUUACAAGAGGGGGCUGUCUUCGGGGAGUUGAGUAUAUUAAACAUUGCCGGCAGUAAAAACGGGAAUCGGCGAACGGCAAACGUCCGAUCUGUCGGAUAUACCGAUCUCUUCGUUUUGAAUAAAAAUGAUUUAUGGAGUGCUUUAAGGGAAUAUCCCGACGCUAGAAAGUUAUUAUUAGCCAAGGGCCGAGAAUUACUGAUGAAAGACGGAUUACUAAACGAAACAGCGCCCGGUGAGCAGGCGUCUACCGAGGAAUUGGCGGAAACGCUAAGCGCGGCGCUGAAGCAUCUGCAGACACGACUGGCGCGAGUGAUUGCAGAGAGGACAUCGCAUGAAACGAAGCUUAAUAAUAGGAUAACUUUCCUGGAAACACAACUAAAAAGAUACAAAAAUAUGGCAGCUGAGAGGGCAAAAGAGUCGCCGAGGACCAGAAAUGAACGUCGUCGAAAGAAGAAAGCUAAUGCCGAUGCC